AUGAACAACCACUCCUUCGUGCUUCCGACCAAAUUGUCAAUCUUGGAAGCUCAUUUCUUUAACGUUAGUGGGAUCUAUACGCCGGACUUCCCUAAUGAACCACCGGUGAAAUUCGAUUACACCAACGUCAACAAUAGUUUGAAUCAAGCCCUUCUGAAUACACCCAAAUCAACGAGCGUGAAGAAACUAAAGUAUAAUUCGACGGUGGAGAUUGUGUUUCACAACACUGCAUUGAUCGGAUAUACCCAAGUCAACCAUCCCGUACACUUGCAUGGAUAUAACUUCUUCGUGUUGGCUCAAGGUUUUGGCAACUAUGACCCCGUCAAAGACAGGAAAAAGUUUAAUCUUGUGAACCCACAACAACGGAAUACUAUCGGUGUGCCUGUCGGCGGUUGGGUGGUCAUGAGAUUUCGAGCAAAUAAUCCAGGUGUAUGGAUCAUGCACUGUCAUCUGGAUGUACACUUGGGUUUGGGUUUUGCCACCGCGUUUGUGGUUGAAAACGGAGGGACAGAGGACUCGACGGUGCCACCGCCACCGGCGGACUUGCCAAAGUGCUAG